AUGACAGCUCGCAGGGCUCUAGUUACCCCAGGUACUUUAGGGGUGCAGAGGUUUGGCCUUCAGACAUCACCGCCUCGUCUCCUUUGGCUAUUUCGCAACGGAGACAAACAUCAUGACGGGUCUCCUUUCUUUCUUAAGACGCACAUCAAAACGCUCGAAGCUCUUUAUCAAGAGCUUACAAAAGUGAUAACGCCAAUAGCCGGCCCUGUGCGUCGUCUGUACGAUCAAAAUUUGCGUUUGGUUGUCGACUUAGCGGAUAUCGUCGAUGGGGCGAAGUAUCUCUGCACCUCAGGCGAGCCGCCUGCAUGCGCUGAGCGCCUGCAGAAGUUUUUGAGUGAGUGGGUCAUUCAAAAGCCCCAGACCCGCGUGUGGAGCGAAUUCUUUGUUGUCUAG